UGUCAAGACUGUGAUGAUUGCUGAUUUGACUGAGUAAAGUCAGCUGGUUUUUAAGAACUAGCUUGAAGAUAGAAGAUGGCGGCGCUAGUGGCAGGAGGCCAGUAUGGGUUAUCUUCCCAGGAACAUUUUAAUGAAAAUAAGUCUUUAAUAUUUGUGAAACUUACGGAUUCUGCAUUUCGUGCAAUAGAAGAAUACUUGAAAAAUAGGAAUAAGUGCGUUCAGACUCCUACCAUACAAUUUCUCGGAAAUGAAGGGCACCUAUUGUUCCCAAAUGGCCAAUCACCCCGCUCUAGGUCAGCGUUCAAGUUCAGUCUUUCCAAUAACUCCGAUAUUGAGGGACCGCAAGGGUCCUUCGAGUGUAUACGGCACUCGGGACAGAGAAGUUUGGAAACGGUUGGAUCUCUGCCAUGUAAAAUGCGUGUUCAUGCCAAUGAAGACGUUUACGAAACUACGAGGAGUAGAAUGCAAGCUGCAGAAAAGCAGCAAAAAGAAAAUUGCACUAGAGAGAUAGAACUUGAUAAGACUGGUAUCGGUCGCAGAGUGAAAGUUAGGAGCAAAGUAGUAAAUGGCGGUGGCAUCGCCGCUAGAAGAAGUUUACCAGCUGUUACUACGCCACCCGCACCCCAUACCAAACCGCAGGGUAAUAACCAGGCACAGAAGCCAGGAAACCCUGACCUCAUGAAGAGGCCGAUAAGGGAUAGGAUAAUUCACCUAUUAGCUGUAAGGCCAUAUAAGAAACCCGAACUUUACGCAACAUUAAAUAGAGAUGGAAUUAAAGAAAAAGAUAGGUCUAACUUAAUGAAUACAAUUUUGAGUGUUGCAACAAUUAAAGACAACACAUAUCAUUUAAUGCGCCAUGUUUGGAAUGAUGUUCAGGAGGACUGGCCUUUUUAUUCUGAACAGGAUAAACAGAUGCUCAAAAGGCGGAAACCAGAGAAUUUAACUCCUCCUGGCAGUUCGGAUUCUCAAUCACCAAAUUCUAUUCACCCUGGAAGCCCACCAUCAGCGACUGAGCCAUCGAAAAGGCCCGGAUAUUAUGAUGGGGCUGACGGUCUUCUCGUCAAGAGGCAAAGGAUAUCACACUACAAGCGACCUGUAGUUCCACCAGCCACUAGCGUCCCUCCGCGUGGUUUGCCUCACCCUUCUCCGCCCACGCCACCACAGGAUACCUCUCCACCACCACCUAAACAUCCCCCGCCUCCUGAUUUACCAAAAUACCGCAUUGAUUAUACAACGAUAAAAGAUGUAGACCAGAGGCGGAAAUAUAAGGAAGACUUCAAUGCUAACUAUAGCGAGUACAAGAGGUUACAUUCGCAAGUCGAACAAGUUUCUAAAAAAUUCACAUUGCUCCAAGAGCAAUUAAAAAAGGAAGAAAAGGGCAGCGAAGGUUGGCAGCGCAUUAAGGAUCAAAUAAUGAGGGAAUACGAAGAAAAUAAUAGGAAUACCAGGCAUCAAGAUGCCAAACGAAGGUUUCAUUAUCUUCAUGAAAAACUGUCCCAUAUUAAGCGCCUUGUAAUGGAAUAUGACGAGAAACAAUACUCGUAGCCAUAGUACGACUCCGCCCACACAUAUCCGUAUAAUGACGCCAAGAUUAGCAGAUCUCACUUGAUGUCAGUAAAGAAAUUAUCUCUUGUGUCUCUCUUUGUCGAGAGAUCUCUCUAGUUUCUAACUCCUUUACGAAAUUUAUAUAUAUGUAUAUUUUUCUCCAAUGUCUUGUAUAAAACUAGGCUGAAAAUUGUUUUAAAAAACCAUUUAAAAAAUACAAAAAAAAAACAAACAAUAAAAUGGAGACUCAUAAUGUAUUCUGUGGUAAAAAAAGCAAGGUGCAAAUCUAGAUUUAUAAAAUACUAAAUUUUGUUAGUUAUAUACAUAUAGUAGCGAAUAUUCUCUACCUAAGUGCUUUUAUGCUGUAUUAAUUUUUUUUUAUGCAUUUAUCGUGUGUUGAUUAAGAUAUUAUAGUGACAUUAUGUUUACAGUCCAUAUUAUAUAAUGAAAUUCUUAACUAUAGUGAAAUUAGAUAGCAAAAUAGAAUUGAUUGAUUUAUUUGUUGAUAUUAUUAUGGUCUUGAUAUGUUGUUUUUACUUAUUGAAAAGAAAUGGUAUUUUUUUUAAUUAUUGUUAAUUUCUGGUCCAAAAAUAUUAUUUAUUUAUUCAUCAUUUGACCAGCUGAUAUUUUGUUCUUAUUAAUAUUUCUGAUAUUAUUUCAUAUUCCGUUUACCUUGUCAGUACUUCAUAAAAAAAAAAAAUCAUUCGCUAUUAAAAUAUAUAUUCUUUUUUCACUAAUUAAGCAGUAUGACAUGAUAAUAUUGGCAAAUAAAUAAGUUGAUAAUUUUUUUUUGUUUUAUUUAGUUUCUAUAUUUAAAAUUGUAUGCUUCCUCGGUAUAUAGUCAAUUAUUGGAUUCAUACUGACUGAUAGUGUUGUUCUGUUUAUCAGCUUCUAUUACAAUUAUUUAUGUAAUUUUACAAAAAUACUUAAUGCAAAAGUUACAAAAAAAAUUAAUUUAUCGAAAAAUUAAAAAAAGAAAUGACCAAAUACAUAUUCUGUCGUAAGUGUUUAAUGUUAUUUUUCCUUUAGCGAUGUUAAAUGUUUUAUUGCUGCAAUAAAUUUUAUAUUGGUUUAGAAUAUGCAUGAAAAAAAAAAAUAUUUUAUCAAGGAAUUGGAUUAAAAUAAAAUUAAAAAGAAUAUCAUAGUUUUGUAUUUUUAUAUAGUGGUAAUAAGCAGAAUGAAGUUUUUGGUCUAUUCCAUAAUUGCUGAGACCGAAAUAUUUUAAUUUCCUCAAUAAUUAAAUGUAACUAUGGAAAUGUGUGGGGUAUGGUGAUUUGUAUGAUGUUAAUAAACGAUAUGUAUGAAUUAAUGGUAUAAUAAAGUGUAUUUGAUACAAUAUUUAUAGCUGCCACCAGAGAUUCCUCUUUUAAUUAUUUUCUAAAUUAUUAAUGCUAGUUUGUUGAAGUUGAUUUUUAUAUAUAAUAUAUAUAUUUGUAUGUUUUUGUUUUGUAAUGGUUGUUGGAUUAAUGCCAUUGUGCUUUAUAUAUUAUAAGUUUAGAAUUAAAAAUUAGCACGAGGAGAAAUAAAUUAAAAUUUCCAUAUGUAAUUUUGUUUCAAAAUUUUUUAAAAACAUUUUAACACUCCGUCAGGCAUGGUCAAUCAGUAUCAUACACUUAACUUUUGCUUAUAAUCAACACAUUAUCAAAAGAAAAUAUUUACAUCAAAACGUUCGUUUCAAUUUAACUGAUCAAAUAUGUUAAUAGUGUCCAAUUUAAAAUUUUCACAAUACAAAAGGAAAUUAUAUAAGAAAUGUUUUGAGAUGUAAGCACUAUUUAUAUUAAUCUAAAAACUUGUAACAUAAGCUAUAAACCAUCAUUUUUAAAUUUAAAAUUUUCUAAUGUCUUCAUAUCCAUUUCUCUAAUUAAUUUCUGGGAUUUUUCUCUCUAUUAUCAACGGUUUUACUAAGACCCAUUAGAUUUUCUUCAAAAUCUAAUUGUUAAUAUUUAUUAUAAGAAUAAGGUACGAAAUCAGUUAUAUUUAUAAGAUUAAUUUUUGUUUUUACAAAAGUAACAGGAUGUAUGAGUUAUAUCAAUUUUGAUAAUUACACAUAUUUCUCCACAGCCGUUGAAAAACUUGUGAAUUGGCCAUAAAUCAAUUUUUGAUGACACUUAAAAAAAAAAAAAAUUUAGUUAAUCGAAUUGAUCAGCCAUGUCAGACUGAGUGUUAGGAAUUUCUUCUUAUUAUUAAUAUUUUAUUAUUUUCAUUCGAAUAAGUUGUUACCCUACAUCUCUGUUAGUGUUAAUUGCAAUAAAAAAAUUUAAAAAAAGAGAUGAAAAUUUGAAUUUUUCAUACUAACUGUAACGUAUGACAGUAAUCGUUUUGAUUUUAUGGAUAUAAAACUGUUUUGUUUAUUUUAAUAUUAAUUGGUAUUGGUUUUAAACCAUUUUUUAUUGCAUUAGUCAAUGUGCCUCAUUUGAUGCCUGCCAAAUUUUAUCUUUGUAGCUAAGAUAAAUUUGGUUUAUUUUCACACGAAUUGUACACCUAGCAAGACUGAGUGCUUCGAUUCUUGUUGGAUUUAAGUAUUAAAUAAAUUUACACGAAUAACCAAAAAAAAAAAUAUAUAUAUAUAUAUGUAUAUGUAUACAGUUCAUUCCUCAAAAUUUUUAUUUCAUGUAUGUGAGUCUGUAAUUAUACAAAACACAUUUAUUGAUUAAUUUUUCAACAAAAGUGUACUUCAAAUAUACCUCACAAUGGCGUAUGUCUAUUCAACCAAUAAUAGCUAAUGUAUAUGUACACAUACAUCUGGUAUGUAUAUAUAUAUAAAAUUUAAGUCAUUAGCUAACAUUUAUUGUAAAUUAUUGUAGCAUAACCUCUGGGUUACUCAUAUAACCUAUACCUUAGAAUAAAGUAAUAUAGGGUGUACGGUUUCUAUUAUUGACUGUGAUUCGUGAUUGGAAUAUUGUUAUUAGCCUACAACUAUUUUGAGUGUUGCUCAUUCCUCUUCGGCCGGGGGGGUCAGAGUUUGAUAAGGGUUUAUUGAUACUUUUUAGUUCAAAUUUAUCCAUAUGUACAUAAUGUUUAUUUGAUUCUAUUUUUAAAUUUUUAUGUUUGAUUUAAUGUACAGAAUGAUAUAUGCGUGAUUUAAUUUUUUUUUUAACUGUAUUGGAUUGUUAUUUCAUUUGAAUUUCGCAGUACUAAAUUUUUAAAAAAGAACUGUAUGGAUAAAUGUUUUUUAUUUAUCUUGUUUUAUUACGUGACUGUCUUUUUUUUCAAAUAAACUAAUUCUAUCUCGUCACAGCAUUACCUUUGUCAUAAAUGAUCUGAUGUUAGGAUUCAAAGUGUAUCGUUGAGAAGCCGAUCUUUGUUGUGACUUCUGCUGUGACCUCGCAAUUCGAUUACAGUAAUUAGUAUAAUUUAUAGAAUAAUGAUCGCUUUUUUUGGCUACGACCCGGAACUGAUUUAAUGACUAUUAGAAUUUCUGCAUUUUUUUUUCAUUAAUAUAGUUUAAUUUAUAAAGAUACAAUGUUAAUCCCUAUUUUUUAUGAAUUGUCUAGUUUUAUGAUUAUCCGUUAUUCCAAAAAAAAAGCAAAAAAAAAAAAUAAGAAAAGGAAGGAAAUUAAUUGAAUUAAAAGCCAGUACUUUUAAGUUAAAAUGAGGAGUUGAAUAUGUAAUUGUAAAACUUAGUUAGGCCUAUUAAGUACCAAUUUUAAUAAUACUCUAGCAAAAAAAUUAAAAACUUGUAACCAAAUCAUAUACCUGUAUUUAUAUAUUAUAUUUAAAAAAAAUGUUUAUUCAUUGUUAUUUUGUAGGCAUUUAGAAAAAAAAAUAAUAAAAUACAAAAAAAAAUUGUCAUUGAGGAAUUGCAUUAACACUCCUCAUUUUUCGAUAACAUAUUCCUUUGUUCAAUUGUAAUUGUUUUGUUUAUUUUCGAUGAAGUACUUGUUAAGAUUUAAUUUUUCUUUCCUGUUAUGUGUUGUUUUUAAAGGUUGUACAUUUAGUUUAUGUAAAUUAUUUUGUUUCCAUAAAUACUUAUUUUUAUUAAUUUAAUCACGAUUCCAAUAAUAUUGAUGUAUAUAUACAAGUUAUUGAAGCUCAAUCUUUGUUAGAACACGUAAAAUUAAUUGUUCAAGCACAGUGUAUAUAUUUCAGGAAAAUGCCAAGAAACAGAUAUAUUUUAUUUUUUAUUUGUAUAAAAUGUAAUAUAUAUAUAAAUAUUAUCGCCCUAAAUAUUAGUAUAGGUUCCUAUCUAUCAUCAGAAGAUAAAAAGUAUAAUUAUAUAGAAAAAGGAAUCGAAAAUAAAGUUGGAUCAUAAACGAUACAAGCAGUGUACAGAUUUAACCAUUUACUUAAUGCAAACCUUGUUUUGUUUUUCUUUUAUUUAUUUUUUUAUUUAUUUAUUUCUUAAUUAAUAUCUUAUUAUGUCCUGAUGAUUAUAUUUUCUUGUUACCUUUGGAAACUAUUGUAUAUUUUAUGUAGUGUAUCAUGUUUGUGAGAUAACACUUUCCGCAAUUAAAUUUAUAUGUAAGUUAAGUGAUAACAUAAUAAGGAAAUAAAAUGAAAUUUCGUUUUAUGUUUAAGUGAGUGCCAAAUGUUGGUUAUGUAGUGAAAAGAAAAAGAAACAAAACAAUUACACGUUAAUAAAUACUGCAAAGCAAGUUUUAAAAAUCUGUUUAUUACUAUUUUUUGACAAAUAUAUACAAAAACUUAGUGCUUUUUUUUUUUUUUUUAAAUUCAGUUUUCAAAUUAAUAAUUAAAUCGAAUAUUUAAUAGUUGACCGUUGCAUUAUAAAGGAAGGAGAUGGUCCGCAGUGGCGGUCAUAAAUAGGCUAAAUAGUGGCAAAACUAUUUAGACCAUCUCCUUCCUUUAAAUAUUAAAUCAUUAAUAGUUUUUUGACCCCUAAAUCUUCAUAUUUUAAACUUUAUUAUGAAAAGUAAAUAACCAUGUUUGCUGGAGUGCCAAAAUCUGAGAUUAUUUUGGAUCUGGGAUUCUCAGUAUAGUAAAAGAAGUCUUCUUUAGCAGAAACUCAAUGAAAUCAAAUUCAAUGACGAUAAAAUGAAGGAAUAAUAUAAGUAAAUAAAAAUCAGCGAAUUAAAAUGGUAUUUCAUGAAUCAUGUUAAUAUUUUUUAUAUGUACACAAAUGAGUAAUGGUAGAAGAGAGAUUUGGUAUUAAAAUUAAACAUUUUUAAAUCCAGUAUAGUUUGCGAACUGACAUUAAAAUGUU